AUGAUGGCAGCAGUUACCAUGACACCUGAUGCUCUUGUCAGCACUCAAGGAAAUGAAGAGGUGGACUCUCUGAUUGUACUGCAUUAUAAUUACACAGGGAAGCUUAUUUUAAGGGAAAAGGCAACUGAUAAAGUAGACCUGCCCACUAUUUCAUUUCUUAUCCUGUGUAGUUUCAUAGUCCUGGAAAACUUGAUGGUGUUGAUUGCCAUAUGGAAAAACAAUAAAUUUCACAACCGCAUGUACUUUUUUAUUGGCAAUCUAGCUCUCUGUGAUCUUUUAGCUGGGAUUGUUUACAAAGUAAACAUUCUUAUGUCUGGGAAGAAAACUCUGAGCUUGUCCUCCACAAUCUGGUUCAUUAGGGAAGGUAGCAUGUUUGUUGCCCUGGGAGCUUCCACUUUCAGCUUGCUAGCAAUAGCUAUUGAGCGGCAUUUGACCAUGAUUAAAAUGAGGCCUUACGACGCAAAUAAAAAAUACAGAGUGUUCCUUCUCAUUGGUACAUGCUGGCUUAUUUCAAUUUCCUUGGGUGCCCUCCCCAUCCUCGGCUGGAACUGUAUAAAUAACUUAACAGAUUGCUCAACAAUUUUGCCUCUGUACUCCAAAAAGUAUGUUGUGUUCUGCAUUAGUAUCUUCAUAGCCAUUUUGGUCGCCAUUGUCAUCCUUUAUGCCCGUAUCUACAUACUGGUUAAGUCCAGCAGUCGUAAUGUCACCAACCACAAUAAUUCUGAGAGGUCCAUGGCACUCCUCAGGACUGUUGUGAUCGUUGUUAGUGUCUUCAUUGCAUGCUGGUCUCCACUGUUCAUCCUGUUCCUCAUCGAUGUGGCCUGCAGAGUCAAGGAGUGCUCCAUUUUGUACAAAGCCCACUGGUUUAUUGCACUGGCGGUCAUCAAUUCUGCCAUGAACCCCAUCAUCUACACCCUGGCCAGUAAGGAAAUGCGUCGGGCUUUCUUUCGCCUUGUUUGUGGCUGCCUGGUGAAGUCCAAGGUGGCCAGAUCUUUGCCUAUUCAACCCACUCCAGAUAACAGUCGAAGUAAAUCUAGCAGCAGCAAUACCCAGAAGCCAAAGGAGGAUUUCCCCCCAAUAAAUGUUCCCCCAUGUAUUGCUGAGAAAAAUGAAUCUUCAUUUCACAAUGGAAACUUCUGUAAGUAA